UCGCACAAAUCAACAUCAGGUUAGGUUUCGCUCCCCAUACCUUGUGGAAGAGGAUUGUGUACAGUUUGACAGGAGAGGAACUACUGCACUCACUUUACGUCCCUGUCCUGCUCUCUGUCCAGCUGCACCAUGGGAAAGAAGAGUCGAGUGAAGAUUCAGAAGUCGGGGACUGGCGCCAUGGCCGUGGUCUCCCCCAAAGAGAUGAUGAACCUCAUAUCAGAGCUCUUACUGAAAUGCAGCAGUGCUGCCCCUUCUCCAGGGAAAGAGUGGGAGGAGUACGUCCAGAUACGAGGCUUGGUGGAGAAGAUCAGGAAGAAACAGAAAGGUAUCUCAGUGAUAUUUGAGGGCAGCAGAGAGGAGUUCUUCCCGAAGCUGAUGGCGUGGGCUCAGGAGAGUGGAGCGUCCUGCGAGGGUUUUGAGAUCGCUAACUUCGCCGGCGAGGGCUUCGGCCUCAGGGCCACCAAGGACAUCAAGGCAGAGGAGCUGUUUCUGUGGAUACCCAGGAAGAUGCUGAUGACUGUGGAAUCGGCUAAGAACUCUGUCCUUGGUCCCCUGUACAGCCAGGACCGUAUUCUCCAGGCCAUGGGUAAUGUGACCCUGGCCCUCCACCUGCUGUGUGAGCGGGCUGACCCCUCCUCCCCCUGGCUGCCCUACAUCAAGACCCUCCCCGGGGACUACGACACCCCUCUCUACUACGAGGAGGAGGAAGUACGCCAUCUGUUGUCCACUCAGGCUAUCCAGGAUGUCCUCAGCCAGUACAAGAACACCGCACGGCAGUACGCAUACUUCUACAAAGUCAUCCAGACUCAUCCGACCACCAGUAAACUGCCCUUGAAGGACGCCUUUACCUUUGACGACUACAGAUGGGCGGUUUCCUCAGUGAUGACCCGUCAGAACCAGAUCCCUACAGAGGACGGUAGCCGCGUCACCCUCGCCCUAAUCCCUCUCUGGGACAUGUGUAACCAUACCAACGGCCUGAUCACCACUGGUUACAACCUGGAGGAUGACAGGUGUGAGUGUGUGGCUCUGCAGGACUACAAAGAGAACGACCAGAUUUACAUAUUCUACGGGACGCGGUCCAACGCUGAGUUUGUGAUCCACAACGGCUUCUUCUUCCAGGAGAACGCACACGACAGGGUCAAGAUCAAACUGGGCGUGUCCAAGAGUGAACGGCUGUACGCCAUGAAGGCUGAGGUGCUGGCCCGCGCUGGCAUCCCCUCGUCCAGUAUCUUUGCCCUGCACUGCAGUGAUCCUCCAAUCUCUGCCCAGCUAUUGGCCUUCCUCAGAGUCUUCUGUAUGACUGAGGAGGAGCUGAAGGACUACCUGGUAGGAGAACACGCCAUCAAUAAGAUCUUCACCCUGGGUAACACUGAGUUCCCUGUGAGCUGGGACAAUGAGAUCAAACUGUGGACUUUCCUGGAGACCAGGGCUGCCUUGCUGCUCAAGACCUACAAGACCAGCUCCCAGGAUGACCAGUGUGCAUUGGAGAAGCCCGGUCUCUCCCUCCACUCCCAGGUGGCCAUCCAGCUGCGCCUGGCUGAGAAGCAGAUCCUGGAGAGGGUGGUGGCCAGCGGCAGGGCCAAACGCCUGCACUUCCAGCAGCAGCAGGAGGAGGGCGCUCCGCUGCCCCGCUAUGAGGAGAGCGACAUCGCCCUGCUGGAGAACGCAGAGGCAGACGCCAAGCUGCCCAUCAUCCUGAGGAAACUAGAGGACGAGGAGGGAGAUGACCAGGCAGCGGUGGAGCAGGUGUUGGCUCAGGUACAGCAGCUGGGACAGGGGGGCGCAGCCAGGGAUCUAGCCCCCCUCAUAGUCAACGGGGAUGGUGGGAAGGUGGUGGUCAACGGGAAUGGUACGGACGCUAGCCUGACUGAGGACACUAGCCCAGUCCUGGAGGUUGGUGGAGACGCUAGCCCGAUUCAGGAGGAGGGUAGUGUGGAUGCUAACUCCACCACGCCAGACACUGCUGUUCCAGCAGCCACCCAGGAACAGGAAGGCCAAACAGAGAACGGAGACAAGGCUACUGCUUCUCUCUCACUGGAAGUGGACGUGGACCUGAGUGCAGAACGAACUGGAGACGAGCCCAAAGUCAACAGCGAAUAGAUGGAAUCAUCAUCUAGCUAUCCCUUAUUGCAGAAGAAGAAGAGCAGCAGUCUGUCAGUCAGCCAGCCACAGCAGCCCUUUUCUAUUUAUUUAUUUUUGUCUCUCUAAAGUGACUCAGAAAUAAAGGAGCUAAGAAUUAAGAAAAAACUAAACAGAAUUUGAAUUUUUAAAUGGUCGAACAUUUCACUAUCUGUCCAUUU